UCUACGAAUGUUGGCACACUUUCAGAUAGCGAUAAUAAAGUUAAGAUUAGAAAUGUCCAAACAUAAUUAAAACUGCAUGAUCAGCAAUAAUUUUAAGAUGUCUGGAAAUCAACGCCUUACUUAUGACUAUAAACCUAAACCCACCAUAUAAGGCGGAUAAACUAACAAGAAUGCCGUCUGGUCCACUUAAAAUAUUAAUUGCUAAUUUCGAAAUGAUGAAAUUACUUACUGCAUUUCAAUCAGAUCCAAUUGACUGACAGAGAGCCAAAGGUGUGUUCAUUUAAUAGACUGAAUCUAUAAAACGCACAAAAAGCCAGAUCGAAUACAAAGAAAUAGGCGAUAUUCCCAUAUUAGUUGCAUUAUAAUUUAAAUAUUUUUUUAUGCCAAGAGACGACAAAGAACAAAUUAACUUAAGCGAUUCUGAAAGGUGUUAAGUAUAAUCAAUUAUUCAGUUGCAACAGUUUCCCUUUCAUCCAUGUGCAGCACAUUCAUUUUCCAUCUGGAAGAUCCAUCAAACCAGAAAUCUCAUAAAUAACCCAAUCAUUAGCAAACAGAAUGUGUAAAAACACUUUGCUUUAUGCAAAUAACGAAAUCAAAUACCGAACAUAAACUGCACCUAAUGCUAAUCUGACGCUAAUAACGCGACUUUUACCCUACUCGACUGACAAUUUAAUUGAGGCUGUUAAUUGUCAAUGUUGAUUUCGUAUUAGAUGGAGAUGCAGCUGCAGUGGAAAGGUUGGAUGAUGAUGAUCUUGAUGAUCGGACUGCCGGGUCUGGGAUCUGGCUCUCGGAUACUCUUUAUGGGACCCUUUCCCGCCCCAAGUCACUGGCUCUGGCUGGAGCACUUUCAAAGGGAUCUUCUGCGACAAGGACAUCAUGUGACCAGUGUGAAUAAUCAUCCCACCAAGCAGCCCCAUGAAAAUCUUACAGAGAUUAUCAUAAGCCCCUCGUUUGAUAUACCCAAGCACUUUCCCAAGGAAAACAUCUUCACGAUGCAAUUUGUGAGUGACUUCAACAACCUGGAGCUUUGGUGGACCAUUGGACUCAUGACCACGGAGCAUGCCUUCAAGGAUCCCAAAGUAAAGAAACUGAUCGAGAGCCAAGAUGACCACUAUGAUUUGGUCAUACUGGAACAGUUUUUCCACGAGGCUUUUCUGAUGUUUGGCAAAAGGUUCAAUUGUCCUGUUGUCACAAUUGGCACUAUGGGUUAUGCUGAUAAUAUAGAUCAUGCGAUGGGUAUCCUUACACCCUGGUCGUUGAUUCCACAUCUUCUACUCUCGCAUACGGAUCGCAUGACUUUCAGAGAGCGAGCCUAUAAUGCCUACUUAUCUUUGUAUGAUGCGGUUAUGAGGCGCUGGGUUUAUUUGCCCAAGAUGCAGAAGCUGGCAGAGAAGUAUUUCAAGGGAUCCAUUGAGGGUCCCCUUCCUAAUGUUCUGGACCUUGAGCGUAAUAUAUCCCUUGUCCUGAUCAAUGCCCAUCGAAGUGUAGACCUUCCGAGGCCCAGUAUGCCAGGACUUAUAGACGUGGGUGGAGCGCACAUUCAGAAGCCCAAGAAGCUGCCCGCUGAUCUUCAAAACUUCCUAGAUAAUGCCACCAAUGGAGUGAUCUACUUCAGUAUGGGAUCCUAUGUAAAGAGCACAGAUUUGCCGGCUGAGAAAACCGCUCUGAUUCUUAAAGCCUUUGGGCAGCUUAAGCAGCAAGUGAUUUGGAAGUUUGAGAAUGAUUCCAUCGGGGAUUUGCCCUCGAAUGUGAUGAUCAAGAAGUGGAUGCCCCAGAACGACAUUUUGGCCCAUCCGAAUAUCAAGCUCUUCAUCACGCAUGGUGGUAUUUUUGGAACCCAAGAGGGUAUUUACUGGGGAGUUCCGAUGUUGUGUAUACCCCUGUAUGGGGAUCAACACCGGAACACUAUCAAAUCGGUGCGGGAGGGCUAUGCUCGGUCCCUGGUGUUCUCCAAACUCACCACCAAUGAUUUGCUGCAGAAUAUUCAAACUCUGAUCAACGAUCCCAAGUACAAACGCAGUGCUCUGGAGGUCUCGCAGCGUUUCCGCGAUAAUCCUAUACAUCCGCUAGAUGAGGCCACCUUCUGGAUCGAGUACAUAAUCCGGCAUCGUGGGGCCAGGCAUCUAAAGUCACAGGGCGCCUUCAUCCCCCUGCAUCAGUAUCUGCUACUCGACGUCUUGGGAUGCCUGUUGCUGGGUGUAUUCCUUGCCAUCUGGCUGCCUUGGCGGAUGAUCAGGAGGGUCCACAAGUGGUGGCUCAAAGGGGAGGACGCAGACAAACUGAACGAGACCAAGAAGCUGCUGUAGGCGAUGGCAAUUACUUAGCUAGUCGCAGAGGUAAUUAAUUGUGAUAUAUUUUUAGAUCACAAAGAGUAUGUUAUUAAAAGAGGUUGAUUGUUGUUAAUAUAUAUUAUUGAUACUUUCAAUUGAUAGCAAUAAAAUUUAAAAUAUUUAAGAACAUUCUGAAAUGUUACAAAAUAAAUCCAAAAAAUGUAA